CUGCGGGCCGAGGGCGGGGUCAGCGGAAAGGCGAGAGAGAGAGAGCGAGAAGAAAAACCGGAGGCGAAAUCGGCGGCGACGCCGGGUUUAAAGAUCAAAACGAUGUGAGCGGAGAGUUUGCUGAGGUGAAGCCGCCCUCGGAUUCCCUGACGGGGCCGUCUCUUGUCAGGACGUGUUUCCCCAGAGGCAGGUUUUUAUUCCAAAGGCUGUGCUGGUUGUCGAUGGCGGCGGCGGCGGCCCGGGGCAGUAACCUGAGGAAAGCGGGAGGAUUCAUCGGGCUGGUGAAAGAUGCCUUCCAGCCUCACCCCCACCCACACCAACCGGCUGGAGUCGUGGACAAGAGGGCCGUGGAGAAAUGUUGGAAGCUCAUGGACAAGGUGGUGAGACUGUGUCAGAAUCCCAAAGUAGGGCUAAAGAACAGCCCUCCCUACAUUCUGGAUCUGUUGCCUGACACUUACCAGCACCUGCGCCUGAUCCUGACUCGAUAUGAGGGAAAGAUGGAAGUCCUUGGUGAGAAUGAAUAUUUCAGAGUCUUCAUGGAGAACCUGCUUAAGAAGACAAAACAGACCAUUAGCCUUUUCAAAGAAGGGAAAGAGAAAAUGUAUGAGGAAACCUCACAGCCAAGGCGACACCUGACGAAAUUGUCAUUGAUAUUCAGUCAUAUGUUGGCAGAGCUGAAAGCUAUAUUCCAAAAUGGCGUGUUCCAGGGGGACACUUUCAGGAUCACAAAAGCAGAUGCAGCGGAUUUCUGGAGGAAAGUGUUUGGAGAAAAGACAAUCGUUCACUGGAAGGUUUUUCGACAAGCCUUGCAUGAUGUUCACCCAAUCACUUCUGGCUUGGAGGCCAUGGCCUUGAAAUCUACUAUCGAUCUAACAUGUAAUGAUUUCAUCUCUGUCUUUGAAUUUGACAUAUUCACUCGACUUUUUCAGCCAUGGUCGUCAUUGCUCAGGAACUGGAACUCAUUAGCUGUUACUCACCCAGGAUACAUGGCCUUCUUAACCUAUGAUGAGGUAAAAGCAAGACUCCAGAAAUUCAUCCACAAACCUGGGAGCUACAUAUUCAGGUUGAGCUGCACCAGGCUUGGCCAAUGGGCAAUUGGUUAUGUCACAGCUGACGGCAACAUUCUUCAAACAAUCCCCCAUAACAAACCUCUCUUCCAGGCUCUGAUUGAUGGAUUCCGUGAAGGAUUUUACCUGUUUCCUGAUGGACGUAGUCAAAAUCCAGACCUGAAUGGCUUAUGUGAGCCUACACCACAUGACCAUAUCAAAGUGACACAGGAACAAUAUGAACUGUAUUGUGAGAUGGGCUCCACCUUCCAGCUUUGCAAGAUCUGUGCAGAAAAUGACAAGGAUGUGAAAAUAGAACCCUGUGGCCACCUAAUGUGUACUUCCUGUCUUACAUCCUGGCAGGAAUCUGAAGGCCAAGGAUGUCCAUUUUGUCGCUGUGAAAUAAAAGGCACUGAACCAAUUGUUGUGGACCCCUUUGACCCCAAAGAUGGGCCAGGUCAAGCUCGUUUAGGAAUGGAGACAAUGUUAUCCCCGAAUUAUGAGGAUGAAGAAGAUGACCGUGCUGAUGAAUUGUUUAUGAUGAACAAAUUAUCAAGUACCAAGAUUGAGAGGCCACCAUCUCCAAUCACCCCAGCUCCCAAUUCAGCGCUUCCACCAGUUCCUCCGCGGUUAGACUUGCUGCAGCAUCGAUCACCCACAGUUUCUAGUGCACCUAGUCCUUGUGUUUCACCCAAGACUUCUUCUGGUGGCCUGCAUAAACAAGACAAGCCUUUACCAGUUCCACCAACACAUCGAGAUCUUCCACCUACCCCACCUGAGCGACACCCAUCCGCCAGCAUUGAUUCUCGAAUGCAGAGGCGGCCUUUACCCAGCACGCCAAGUGACCUCCUACCACGAGACAAGCCACCUCUUGUUCCACCAAACCGACCUGGAGAAACCUGGCAUAUACGAUCUCAGGCAGCUAAAACACCAGUCCAGACUAUUAAUUCUGGGGAUAGAUGGACAGGUCGAGAGUUAUCCAACAGGCACUCAUUGCCAUUAGCAUUGUCAUCUCAGAUGGAUACCAGGACAGAGGUGGUUAGACAUAGCAGCUCACUCGGGCUUGAUAAUACAGUGGCUUUCUGUGGUGCCUUGAGUGACGGCUUGGAGUACGAGUCCUCCAAAGUGAAACCCUCCACAUCAGCAAAUACCAUCUACUCUCUUGCCUCACGACCCCUGACAAAGCCUUUUACUCCAGAGGAGCGUUCAGAAAGUAGUGAUGAGGAUAUUGAUUACAUGACUCCGUCCUCACUCCCUGUACAUACUCCACUCUGUGUUACCACCUCGUUGGAUUCCAGUGUUUUGGUUCAGUCACAGGGCAGCCACAAUGCAGAAGCUUUGUCUGAUUCAGACCCAUUGAAGCAGAUGUGCGAAUUUAUGUUUACGUCGUCGUCUCAGGCCACCAACAUAGACUUUACAACUGACAAUGGUGACUGUGCUAUCAGUGAUGGACCUGAACAAGGUGAGAGUGAAGAUGAAGAUAAUGCAUACGACUUCCCUAAACCGCCUGUGCCACUUCCUCCAGCACGUCGCACACUGUCUGAUAUCUCUCAAGCAAGUUCAGCAUUUGCCAAUGUGUCUGUUGAUCAAAAUCUGUCUAGUCCCAACACAGGAGAUUCAUCUGCACCUGAAAGACCUCCCAAGCCAUUACCUCGGCGAAUCAACUCAGAGCGUAAAGCUGGUCCUGGUCAGUCCAACAGCUGUCAUAAGACACAGCCACAGACACUCUCAGCUGAGAUCAACAGUCUCUUGAGCCAGGGCUACUCAUAUCAGGAUAUCCAGAAAGCAUUGCUAAUUGCUCAAAAUAAUGUGGAAAUGGCAAAGAAUAUUCUUCGAGAGUUUGUGUCUGUCCCUUCCCCUGCACACAUUGCAACAUAGCCAUCCCUUAGGACACUGCCUCCAACUAGCCAGAGCUUGUGGUUAGUCUGAUAUAAGCCUUGGCUUGAGUGACAACGUGCCUCGUCUAACCCCCUCGCCUCAUCAAAUUGAAUAAUCAGGUCUGUGCAAUUACUGAAAUAUAACAGGAUGGUAGCACCCUGCCUCGUUUCCACUCCAACUGCAGGAUUUUUGAUGAAAGUUUAUGUAUGAAGGUAUUCUAAAGAUGUCUGACAUUGGAUAAAUUUACAAAAUUAAGGGCACAUACAAAGGAAUUUUGCAAUCCAUGUAAAACUGAUCCCAAUUGAUUAAUUCGUGCAGAAUUAUCAGAAAUGUUUGAAUGUUAUCUUUGGUUCUUGUUCCAAAAAUAUUCCAAUGUAGUUCAUGAACAGAUUUCGAAGUUGUAUUUUCCAAAUUGGAUCCCAAAGUUGAUAAAUACACAGGCUGGAUCAUAUUCAAACAUUGUAUUAUUCAAAGUGUGCAGUAACAGGCAUCUGUCUGCCUGUGGAAGUAUUGUGUGAACAAAGUUGAAAACUUUAAGUGAGUUGGGGUUCAAAAGGUAGUUUCAGUAUAAGGAGUAAAAGUAGACCCAGCUUUACUUGGUAUUACUUAUAAAUUUGUGUCACUGGGAUGUAUGGCUACUGGUCUGGAAUCAGGUUAGCACUUAAACCUUCCAGCCAUUCAGAAUAAACAUGUGGGUCUAUUUUUGUAGAAGCGGGAAUCAUUUGCACAGAAUAAAAUAUAGUUAGGAGGUUGUAUUUAUACAGUACCUUAUGUACGUAUGAAAGAGGAAUUUAAUGUGAAAAGUGGAUCCCAAUUUACACAGAUCCAAAACAGAUGUUCAGUCCAAUCAUGCAAAGUUCAUGCUGUAAAUAAAUUGGAUUGGGAUGGUCUUACAAUUUGCCAUGACACACCUGCACAGUUUUCACUUGGUUUGGUUGAUACCAGUAUUAAAUCCCUACCGAAUCAGCUUGGACAAAGAGGUGGCUAGUUUUGCCACACACGUUUUGCAACAACAGAAUGGGUCUUAUUGUGCAAUUCUAACUGAUAUAUUUCCCAUUUGAAAUAUUGUGCUUGGCAUGAGGUUUGAGUGUAAAGUAAGGAGCAAAUAAGAAUGGAAAAUUCAUCUGAAGAUAACUGCGUGUGAUCGAUGCAGCACUGAUGCUGAGCAGAUACUAGAAGAGAUUGUUAUUUUAUCCCCAAUGAUCUCUGAGAGAAGUCUCAAUGUUAGUUUACCAAGAAAGAACCCUCUAGGUUAAAAACACUUGGUUUUGUAAUCAUUGUAAUACAAUGCAUUUAAUCACACGAACAUGAAGAAAGUCAGGAAUUGUAAGUUGCAACCUUACACAUGAAGUUCAUCUUUCAAGAACAUUAGCCCUAUCCUACACUUGGCCAUUUAGCCCCAAAUGAAGAUGUACUUGUAGUUUUCAAUGUACUGCUCACCCAUUGUAAUUUCUAAGAUAUUUAGAACUGAGCUAUGGUUCUAAUUCUAUUAUCUAUUUUAAUAUGAACAAGUAAAUGAAAAUUCUAAUAGAAAAGCAAAAUACUGCAGCUGCUGGAAGUACUCAGGUCAAGCAGCAUCUUUGGAGGUGGGGACAGAAACAAAAUUGAAGUUUCAGAUCAGUGAUUUUUCAACAGAACUGGCUUCAUUGACCUGAAAUAUUCUCUGACUUGUGCUCUCUCUCCAUGGAAGCUUGCAGUUAAUCUGGGAUACUUAGAACAUUUUCUUCUUUUUAUUGAUAAAGGAGUUAUGUCAAUAUAUUGUCUGGGUUGACCGAUUCAAAUUGCUAUUUGGAUUACAAUUUGCUUGUUCCAAAAUUGAAUAGGGGCAAUACCUGGGAUGCUGCGCUUGAUCAUAAUAGUCUCUGGACAGAGGAUGGGAAAAAUCGGUUUCUGAUUGCAUUCCAGUAAAUCCUGCAAAAGAAUGCUUGUGUGGAUAUACUUGGGUCGGUCACUAUGUGGCUGCACCUCUGGCUGUUGGCAUCUGUCUAUCUCUUUGUUAGUUGCAGUUGUUCUACUAGCAAAGGGUUGCACUUGCCCUAUGUAACCUUGCCCUCUUUGGUAUAGUAGUCUGCGUUUGUCAGGCACUAGAGGGAGUCAGUGAUUCAGGAGACGGCAAGUGGAAAAGAGGAAAUGUGUGGUAUUUUGAAUCCGACUCAGUUUUACCUUUUGUCAUUUUUACCUUGGCCUAGUUUUUUCCUGUUCGGAUUCAGUGGAGUACUGUCUUGUAGGUUGUGCUGUAGCUCCUUAUUUCAGGCUAUGUGGCACUCUGCUGAGGAGUACACAUUGCACACCAUCCUUACUUGGAGAUAUAUCACCAUUCCCUUGCUAAGGCAGGGUUGAAGUUCUUCUCUUUUCUUAACAGUGCUGUAGGUGUGCCUGCACCACAUGGACUGCAGUGAUUCAGGAAAGUGGCUCUCCAUCAUCUUAAAGGCAACUAGACAGGGGCAAUAAAUGCUGGUCUUGCCAGCUGCACGUAUCUCACAAGAAUUCUUAACAAAAAAAAUUUUAAAUAGUUUUCAUCAAGUUCAGAGAUGUUAAAAGAAUUUAUUUCCUACAAUGCUUUUUGUUCAAAACUUGUUAAAACUAAGUUAAAAUAAUUCAAACUGCUACAGUCAAGUGAGAUUAACAGCAAUAUUACUGUUGCACUUUUAAAUAAUUUUCUUUCUUGCCCUAUGCAAGCAUUGAUGUAAGAAGUAAUAUGGGUGCCAUUUUUCACUGCUGUUGUGAUCGAUAACCAGCAAAUACAACUUGAUAUUACAUUUACUGUGAAGUUCAUGAAAGUAUAUGAAGGCAGAUAUUUAUGAGGAAGGCAUUUCUACCCAACGUUGAAUCACCAUGAUACACCAGAGCAGGAGACUGUUUGUUUGGGCCAAUGUGCCUGUGCCAGCUCUCUAGAAAACGUUAUCCAAUUAAUUCCACACCCCACUGUUUCUCAAAAACCUUGUAAAUUCUUUGACAUUGUCAAAAGCACAAUGAUUUCAUUUUUGUUUACGUUCUGCCCUAUCUUUGUUUACAGAUUUUAGCAGGAUAGAUCGGAAACUAAAAUUAUUGAAAUUAAAAAUUUGUAAGAAGUUUUUCAAUUUCAGAGUUGCAAAAAAUGAACAUUUUUGAUUGAAGAUACUGGAGUAGAUGUUGGAAAGGUUUUAUCUUUUAUGUGAAGAUAUAGUAUUCUAACUGCAUAAUCCUGUGAUGUUAUUUUUAACCCAAACUGUGGGCAGUUUUUUCAUUAAAAGAGCCAUUUUCAUCAGUCUCAAAUGCAAGCAUGUGUGUUUGUGUACUGCAAUGGAGAAUGGAAAGUUGACUGUAGUCAACUAUUCUUUUCCCAGUACUAUACGCAUCUAAAUAUUCUGCCUAUUGUCUGGCAGAGUUGAACACUGGAUCAAUGUGUGUAUUUAGUUGACUUUGUUUUUAGUAUAGAUAUUUGUGCUUUAUCACAAUUUUCUAACAGCUUAAUUUAAUUUUAUUCUUGUUUCAGCACAACUCAGUUUUCUAAACUGUAAUUAAUUAAAAAUAUCUUUAUUUAUAGGUUGUCAUACUUUGAUUAUAACUUGGUUGUGGCUAACUUUACAGACAUUUGGUGAAUUGCAAAGUUGCCUGGUGUAUUCUGAUGUUUUGUGCCAUAUUUGGGAUGUGUUUUGUUUGUGGGGUUGGGGUAGGGGUGCAGAAAUGGUAGUGGUUAUUAGUUAUGGAGUGUAAAUAUCUAGUAACCAACUAUGUUUUAAGUUUAUUGUUAUCUUAGUUACUCAGAUUGGAUCUGUUUGCUGUUGUGAUCAUUUGUACUUAUUGAUCAGUAGUCGGCAUUAAUAACUGGAUUUUUUUCAUGUACCUGACACUGACAAAAGCCCGUCAGUGUUGCAUUUCAGUGUGAGUGUAAUUAAACAUGAUCCAAAUUUAGAAGUCUUUCAUAAGAAUAUAAUUUUGUUAAUGAAAGAUAAUGCAAUAACUUGGUUUCUUGGGAGGCACAUAACUCAUUAGAUGAAUACGAUUUUGAGUGAUGUUGGCAACUUGCACAGUAUUCAGGAAGAUUUGUUGGACAGUGUUUGUAUGAAGUGAUUCCCAUUUCCCGAAGGGAAGAGUUAUGAGUUUGUAGUUCCACUUGCCCUCCAGAGACGUGAUUGCAUGAUGCAGUUGAUCUCAACUCUGAAAACCUCUAGCAGUAACCUUGUAUUUAGUGUGUAACAUGUUUUAUCUGAUUAGUUCCACUCCUGUUCUUUGCCAAAAGCCUUGGGAAUUCUUUGACAUUGUCAAAAAGGCAACUGCAUUAUUUGUAUUUUUUAAAAUAUAUUAAUAUUUUCCAUCACUCUGUGGCUUCAAGCAAAUACAGUGAGGUAGGGAGCAAAUAAAAGUAAAAGAAACCCUGUGAUUGUGCUCCUUGUGAAUGGACAAAUUGAACGAAUAUUCUCAGAUAAAUGAAAUGCAGCUAGUUUUUGAGCUUUGUGUUUGUUUUAAUUCAGAGUUCAUAUGUAAGCCUGAUUACAAUGGCAAUGAGUAGCUGGAGCACGUAUUACCCCAUUACAUGUUUAUAUACAUCAGAUCCAUUGCAGUUUUUCUUCAGAGUAGUAAUAUGUUUGUUUUCAAACAGAACAGGCGACUUUCUGGAUCAUUUCUAUUUUGCAUUGCCCUUGAGUUCAGAACUGUUGUGGAAAUUAAGUAGAAAAUGUAGUUUUCAGGGGUGGAAGGGGUGUAGAAAAAAUAAUUGCUUUUGUCUGAUAAUGUUAAAUUUGCCAUUUGAUGAGUGCUUCCACCAAUUGCAGGAAAGAGUUUAGAAAGCACUGAUAAUUUCAUGGUUUGGUUUGCUGUUUACUGCUGCUUGUUUUGUGUGAAAAAGGCACAUUACUCAAUGAUGAAUUGGUUUAAAAGUAUAACAUUGUGUUUAAAUUAAAAUUAAUUUAACUUCUUCUGAAAUCACAAUGUCUUGAAAGCUUGAGUUUAAUUAUAUAAUCAAUGGACUUGACCAGAUUUGAGGGGUUUCAGAGCAUUCAUUUUCAGGGAGAAAGCAAAUUGCUAAUAGUUUAAAACAACUUGACCACACAUAGCAGGAUGUGCUAACUUGAGUCUUAUGAAAUAGAAUUAAGGUAUGAUUAUUCUAACUUCCUUCUCCCUGACCGCCUUCAGGAUGAACAGACGGUCAAUCUUAUAGAUUCUUUCAGUUGACAAUUUGUCAACAUCACUUCUGGAAUUCUCACCUUUUAAUAUCUUUCAAACAACGUCAAGGAUAUUCACUGCAACUUCAACUCAAAUUGUGAUUCAUUGCAGGUGUAAUUGAUUCACCCUCCAUUUAAACUUUUGUGAAUCUUCUCCUGAGCGUUUUAGUAAUCCAGGGUGUAUUGUAUUGGAAAGGAAUUUUGUAUUUGAGGCUGAAGCUGCACUUUGAAGGAAGUGAAGUACAAUGCCGAUUUCUGUUUAUUGAUGAAAAGCAGACCUGAGACCCCAAUUAGCCAAAUUAGUGGCAUUAGCCACGGCAGAUGCCAGAUGUGACUUGUAGUUUAUCUUUAAAUGUGGUUCAAGCCUGAGCCUUAAUAAUGCCACAGUUUACAAAGUAGCCAUCUGAUUUUACAUACUAAACAUAAUGCUGGGUUGAAAUUGAAGUUAGGAGUUCUAGACCUAAGCUAAUUAAAACCCAGCAUUAUUAAUGCAAGAUAUUUCAGGUAAUCAGGGUCAUUUUUAUAUUUUAUAAAAACAUUCAAAAAAAAUUAAACCUAUUACUUCUGAAUUUGCUGAACUUUCAGUGAUAGUUGUGUAGCCAUUUUGCCCAAGGCCUGGAUUGGAUGUUUCAUUUUCUUGUCUCCCAUUUUAGAAAUGGGCACCAAAAUGUACUCAUUCCAAUCACCCCCAAUUUGCCCAAGGCCUGGAUUGGAUGUUUCAUUUUCUUGUCUCCCAUUUUAGAAAUGGGCACCAAAAUGUACUCAUUCCAAUCACCCCCAAUUUGCCCAAGGCCUGGAUUGGAUGUUUCAUUUUCUUGUCUCCCAUUUUAGAAAUGGGCACCAAAAUGUACUCAUUCCAAUCACCCCCAGCACGCCUUGUUUGAAAAGACGUUUAAAUCUUAAUAAAGAGAACAUAUAUGUAUUUUUAUUGAACUUGUUGCUGUGUAGUGCAGUCAUUUUGUUUCUUCUGUACAGACUGGCAUUAGUUGAUCUCGUUGGCACUUAAGGAAAGGUUACGUUUAGUCGAUGUCAUGCAAAGUUUUCUCCAUUUGGAGCUGCAGAAUGUUGCUAUUCUGCAAUCUAUGACAAAGGCCUCUUUUGAAGGAGGGAACAAGAGCCAGUCAAUGUCUACAGUGAGUGUGACACAAAAAUAAGUUAAAAGGUGACAACUUAUGAAUCACAUUAUUUGCUUUGAGCCAACUUAACCCCUCCUACUUCAUGGAAAACAUUUCCCGUAAAAUAGGCAUUUUUUCAUUGCAUCAGGAUGAAAUGAUUAGUGUGGUUUGUGGGGUUUUGAUUCUGAUUAACACCUGAAUCCUUUCUUGGUGGUUCAUGUGCUCUCCAGUGAUUGGAACUUUUCCAGUGAAUAGCAGACUGAGAAAUCAUCUUAUGAAGUUUAGGCUUGGGUCACAUUAAGAUUUAUGUCAUCACUCUGAAAUACCUGGCUUCUCACGCAAAUUAUUUGAAUUUGCACUGACUAUUGAUGAGCAAAUGCACUAAGUAGCAACGAGAUAAAUUACCAGUUAAUUUCUCGCUGCCCUUCAGAUUUUAACAUCCCCCAAACUGAUCACCCAAAUUGAGGCCUCCUAGUUUGAAUAUUAGCUUGGAGUAUGUGCUCAGAUGUCAUGAAUAAGGCUACCUCCUUAAUUCUUUGAACCUGAGAUUAAAACUAUCAACUAAACUAACCUAAUCAAGUUGCUAAAUUUCACAGGCUGCAAGCCUGAGCUAUGCUAACAGAGUUUCAUCGCGCAGCUUGUGUCAGUUAGCAGUCUCUAAUGGUUGAGACAACUGAAUCAUUCAACUCCUAGAUUUUUUAAAAAUUGGGUCUAAGCAAACUGAAUAAAGAAACCUGGACUAAUGUCUGCAGGUAUGAUGAGGACCGCACCAAUAAGCCUUGAGUUGAAAUUAUUUAGAACAACAGCUAUUUUUCUUCAAAUUGAACACAGCACUGUGAUUCAUCUGUGAGGAGAUACAAAUACUUGAGGGGCAAAUUUUCAAAGUGAAUAUCCAGUUGUGCUCCAGUCUGGGUUAGCCAUUGUGCUGGAUUGAUUGUGGUAUGGCAUAGUUCACAAUCUGGGUACUGAUGAAGAUGGGUAAGGGGAAGAGGUGGAUGGAGGCAGGACUACCAUGUGAUAGAAAGGCCGACACACACAAGGCACGAUCAGAAAAUAGGAGACCCUACUUUUAAAGGAUCUCUUCGUUAACCCUUUUGAGAACUCAACAGCUUUCCAGUAUGCACUUGCUUUGCCUCAUAAUCUCUGAGAAAAUGGUUUUCUGUAAAUUUCAUAUGUUUAAUGUGAUAAAUGUAGAAAUGUACAGAACUGCAGGACGUUUAAGUCACGGUAUUUUUUAUUGAAUACUGUAAUCUUAAGAUUUUAAUUUUGAUGAAAAUGCUCCUAUAAGAAAUGAACUUCAAUGCUUUUGAUAUAAUGAAAGUCGAGACUUGCCAUGUUAUAGGUCAGUUUUGGCGCCCAUUUCAAGCAAUGUGUCAGUUUCCUGAGAUUUCAAUUUGUUUUAUUCUGCACUGAUGUAGGAUGAUCUUUCACUUUGUUCAGGGUUUUUGUGCUUGCAAUGUGUAAUUGUUUUUUAAACUCCUAACCUCAUUGCAGAUUCUGGAUGUUCUGUGCAAUUAAUUUAUAUUCAUUUAAGUGCUCUCUUACUGUGUUGAUAAAUGUUUUAAG